AUGCACCGUUACUUCACGCCAAAAGUUGAUGGAGAGUUGAAAUGCUCCCCUGAAGCUCUUAAGAUGUGGAAAGACAAGAAAGGCCGUCAGGAGUUGAAGAAAAUGUUUCUUCAACAUGGAUCUUUCCAGAUGAUGGAGAUCCGCAUCAAGAAGCGCCAUGUUGAUAGCAGUUCUACCACAAAGUCAGGUGGGUGGUACACCAAAUCGCAGCUGGAGCUUCAGCACGGAUGGACUAAGCAAAUGAUCAACCGGGCUUUUGCAUGGGCAGAGAAGAACGGGAAGUACAGGGUGAACCCUAUCCAUGGGGAGCCUGAAGCAUUCUUGGUUUUGAACGAAGGCUUUUGCUUGACUUCAACCGACACAGAGGAAACAGACCGUUCAGGCAAUAUUGCUGUCCAGGAUGAGGCCGGGACCCUCUUUGACAGUGAGUUGCCCGACAUCGGCGCGGACCACGAGGCCUUGUUGGCAUACCAGCAAGGAGACCGCUCUGCCUUGAAAGGAGAUGGGAGCAAUGGCGAUCCGUCGGUCUCGGUGGGGAAUACCUCCGGAGUCAUGAGCUUUAAGAAACUCGGUCACUGUUUCUCGCUGUAA